CAGAUAGACUUUUGCCUUUUUUCUUCUUCCCUCCUCCUACCCCUCCCUAGACCUCUCUGGGCUUUGACGUCAUGUGUGCUCCUUUCAGUUGCCAUAGCAACCCCAUUCCCCAAGCCCUCUGUCCGUCUCCUCUGGUAGGCUCCACAAUGGUACAGGCAGCCUCCCGCUGCACAAUGGUUUCCAGGCAGUGAGAGAGGGUGAUUCAGCAAGCCACUCUUCUCUUCCAACCGCCCGGCUCUUUUUAUUUUUAUGGGAGUGGGUGGUGCUUCCUAUAUUAUAUGCUUACCUUUUUUUUUUUUCUAUUUUCGUUUUUACAAAUUUCCUUUCUCUUCCUCACUCCUCAAUUCCCAGGGGCUUGAGUGAGCUAAAGAUUGGGUCUUCUCGGAAAUCACCUGUCUGUUAUUAUUUUUAAACAAUCUCCACACCUCCAAAGACUCUCCUCCUUAUUCCGGUUUGGAAUGUGGCUAAUGAAAACCCAGUAGGGAAGAUUUCUGAGGCAAGCAUCCGGACCAAGAUCCUAGUUCUCAGGCACGGAAUGGCUAGUGUGAGAACACCACCGGCAGGACCCUCUCAGAUCUUGGUUAUGGCAACUCACGCAAGAAGCUGUUGAAUUAGACCCCUUUCCUAUAGAUGAGAAACCACACAAGCAGUGGAAAUCUGAAAAGAAGAGUCAGUUUCACCAAGGAAGAUAUGAGAACAGGAGGUUUGUGACUUGACUGGAGGAAACUGGAAUUUGAGCUGAAAAGGUAUUUAUGAGCCUCCAUUUCUUGUACUACUGCAGUGAACCAACCUUGGAUGUGAAAAUCGCCUUUUGCCAGGGAUUCGAUAAACACGUGGAUGUGUCAUAUAUUGCCAAACAUUACAACAUGAGCAAAAGCAAAGUAGACAACCAGUUCUACAGUGUGGAAGUAGGAGACUCGACCUUCACCGUUCUCAAGCGCUACCAGAACCUGAAGCCAAUUGGCUCUGGGGCUCAGGGAAUAGUUUGUGCUGCAUACGAUGCUGUCCUCGACAGAAAUGUGGCCAUUAAGAAGCUCAGCCGACCCUUCCAGAACCAAACUCACGCCAAGAGGGCUUACCGGGAGCUGGUCCUCAUGAAGUGUGUGAACCAUAAAAAUAUUAUUAGCUUAUUAAAUGUUUUCACGCCUCAGAAGACGCUGGAGGAGUUCCAAGACGUUUACCUAGUGAUGGAGCUGAUGGAUGCCAACUUGUGUCAGGUGAUUCAGAUGGAGUUGGACCAUGAGCGGAUGUCUUAUUUGCUGUACCAGAUGUUGUGUGGCAUCAAGCAUCUCCACUCUGCUGGAAUUAUCCACAGGGACUUAAAACCCAGUAACAUUGUGGUCAAGUCUGAUUGCACUCUGAAAAUUCUUGACUUCGGACUGGCCAGGACAGCAGGCACAAGCUUUAUGAUGACUCCGUAUGUGGUGACACGAUAUUACAGAGCCCCUGAGGUCAUCCUGGGAAUGGGCUACAAGGAGAACGUGGAUAUAUGGUCUGUGGGAUGCAUCAUGGGAGAAAUGGUUCGCCACAAAAUCCUCUUUCCCGGAAGGGACUAUAUUGACCAGUGGAACAAAGUCAUCGAGCAGCUAGGAACUCCGUGUCCAGAAUUCAUGAAGAAAUUGCAGCCUACAGUCAGAAACUAUGUGGAGAACCGGCCCAAGUAUGCUGGACUUACCUUCCCCAAGCUGUUUCCAGAUUCCCUUUUCCCAGCGGACUCUGAGCACAAUAAACUCAAAGCCAGCCAAGCCAGGGAUUUAUUGUCAAAGAUGUUAGUGAUCGACCCGGCUAAGAGGAUAUCGGUGGAUGACGCCUUACAGCAUCCCUACAUCAACGUUUGGUAUGACCCAGCUGAGGUGGAGGCGCCUCCUCCUCAGAUAUAUGAUAAACAGCUGGAUGAGAGGGAGCACACCAUUGAAGAAUGGAAAGAACUUAUCUACAAGGAAGUAAUGAACUCAGAAGAAAAGACUAAAAAUGGCGUAGUGAAAGGACAGCCCUCUCCUUCAGGUGCAGCAGUGAACAGCAGUGAGAGUCUCCCUCCAUCCUCGUCUGUCAACGACAUCUCCUCCAUGUCCACCGACCAGACCCUUGCAUCCGACACUGACAGCAGCCUGGAAGCCUCGGCCGGACCCCUGGGUUGUUGCAGGUGACUAGCCGCCUGCCUGCGAAACCCAGCGUUCUUCAGGAGAUGACAUGAUAGAACACAGCACACAUGCACAUUGCACACACACACACACACACACAGACACACACACACACAGUUUGCACACACAUAUGCAUACACAAAGACACUCUCACACAUGCACAAAAACAUAUACGCGAUGUCAAGAAAAUAGCAAGAGAGAGAUCCAACCUAAAAUUAAGAUAAAUCUUUCUGCCUGCUUCUCCAAAGUUCUGUAUUACAGCUAAGCUGAAAUGUAUACUUCUAGUUGCUCUUGCUUUGGUCUCCUUCAACAGUGCUUACUACACAAAAUGAAUCAGACACAAUUAGAGAAGCCUUUUCCCCAAAGUGUAAUUUAAAUGGCUGCGAAACCAGCAACCCGUUAGUGCCCUUCAAAUGGCAUGACAAGGUGUGCAGUGGCCCCAUCCAGCAUGUGUGUGUCUCUAUCUUGCAUCUACCUGCUCCUCUUGGCCUAGUCAGAUGGAUGUAGAUACAGAUCCGCAUGUGUCUGUAUUCACACAGCACUACUUAGAGAUGCUCCUGUCAGUGUCCUCAGGGCUCUACCAAGACACCAUGCACUGGGGUACCACAUGGUCCAUUUCAUGUGAUCUAUUACUCUGACAUAAAUCCAUCUGUAAUAUAUUGCCAGUAUAUAAGCUGUUUAGUUUGUUAAUUGAUUAAGCUGUAUGUCUGAUAAGAAAAUAUGUAAAGGGGGAAUAUGGGGGAGUGAACUCUCAGACCCUUGAAGAUGUAGCUUCCAAAUUUGAACCGAUUAAAUGGCACCUGUAUACCAAUUUGUAGAAAGAACAUAUGUGAUGAUUACGUACAGUGUGGGGGGAGGGGGGAGCAAUAGCUUUCAGGAUUUAAAUAGCUUGGUCUUUAGAAGGACUAUGUGAGUCAAAGUCAAGGGUGCUUUCUCUGGCAAUGGAUAUGUAGCAGGGACUAGAGCACAGUGUAGACUGUGCUUUGUUUUGCUGCAGUAUAGACUAUGGACGAAAGGUAAUUGCUGUCUGGAUAUUGGGAGACACCAACAUCCAUGUUUUAAAGAUUGGACACCAUUUGUCUUUUUUAAAUGUGUCAAAAUAUGUCUUUUUAAUGAUGUGUCAAAAGAGAAACUGCUGGAGAAAGGGGAAGGUGACGAGGCAGCACCGUUGUCCACACAUCCAUGGUAAAAGCCCUUGCCUGAAACACGCUGGAAUCACCUCCAUGUGAUCUCCUUCAGAGAAGAUCGCUCUGCCUAGACCAAUUUGAGAUUGUAGGGUAUGUUUUCCACGUGUGGGAUGCUUCCCAGAGUCAUCACCUGCCAAUAUUUUCAUUUCCUCUUCUGGAAUAGAAUAGAAUAAAAUGGAAUCCCCAAAGCACAGAGAGAUCUUCAGGACAGCAUCUAUAAGCAUCUUCAUGGAUAUUAUUGUCCCUCAGAGGAGUUGUCCCUCAGGGGGCUUUCCCUGACUCCUUGAUACGACUGAUGUUUCAUACUUACUGAUUUAUUUUCAUAGAUGUGUGUAACCUGAGAAGGGCUGAUAGUCUGACUUUUGUAUUGCAGUAGAUAUAUGAGAGCAAUAACGCCGUGCCAACACAGCUCCUACUAGCUAGCAUUAGCAAUGACUUUGUCUUAAAGCUAUGAAACGUUAGUGUGUUUAGAAAAAUCAUCUGAAUUUAGCUUAAAUCCACGGAAGAUCCUGUCCGAGCACUCACGGAGGCACUGUGAACAUCUUGGUUAUGUACAAGGCAAUGCUGGUGCGGCUUCUGAGCAAUAACAGGCACCAGGCCCCGCUUCCCUUCUUCCUUCCGUGGGUGAAGCAUCCACCACAGCUAUUUGCACUCUGGCCAUUUUGGUGCUUACCCCUGUGGUGAUAUUUCACCUGAAGAAGAAGUGAAACACAUGAGUAGAUGAACGUGAUCGGCCUUGUCAAAGGAAAACCCUCAAGUGUACAGAGAAAACAGCAAUGCCAGAGUUCUGCAAACUGCCUUAAAAACAACACCAGGGAAGCUCUUCUCCUUUCAAGCAAUAGAGUCCUUAGUAACCUCAGCUGCCCAACCCUCCCUCCCCCACACACACUGCAGUGAGGCUGCUCCUGGGAUCGCUUCCCACUGUGUGGUUCUUUGCAAGCUGUGGUACUGAAAAGGGAGAGGAGGGGGAUGGUGGAGGGAGGGAGAUCUCCUCUAUCCUUCUCCUAUCUUGAUCUUCUCCUAUCUUGAGAUCUCCUCUGCAGCUCAUCCCCUGGAAUAAAGGUAUCUCAGUCUAUCCUUUUCCCAUUCUUUUUGGUUAGUACUGCAAGCAAACCGAUAAACUGAUCUUUAUAAAUGCUGACUCAUUCUCACAAGUUCUCUCGUUUCCCUUUCUGUCAUCUUUUUUUUUUCCUUUUUAAAACUUACGCAUCGCCCUACUCUUCUCCUCUUUCUCUGUCCUUUGCUUUUGUGUCUGUGAUCUCUGUACCCCUCCACUCUGUAUCAGACCAGAUUAAUGCAAAGAACAGACAAUGGCUCAAUGGCUUGAAAAAAGCAAGUGUUGAAGGGGAUUCCGUUAGGCACAAGAUGACAAUAACAGACAGGCAGGGUUCUCAGCAGAACGGGAGAGCUGACCGGUUUCCCAGGUAGAGGAAGCAGACAACACAGAUCACCUUCCCGCCCCUGCAGGUUGACCUGGGUGCUGCUAGUCUGUCUCCUGGUGUAUAGCAUUGCCCUGCUGGGGACCCUUGGCCAGAGAUUCCCCUGUGGACAAGAAAAUAGGAAAGAAAACCCUUGGGUUUUAAAUAGCACAUCCACGUAGAGAUGAGGGCUUGGCUUCUGGACUUCAUGAAGGAUUGGUUUUAGCUGAUCAAAGAGGAUAGAUGGGAGGUGUAACAACAAAGAGAAUCACCACAGUGAAAGUUUCCCCUUCACAGUCAGGACCCCCUGGUAGUCUCUCCUUUGGUGGUGGUUAUACUCUGAGAAAGUUUGCAGUAUACAAUGUGCCCUCUUCUGGGUCUUCUUAGUAAAAACAAACAAACAAACAAGUAAACAAAAAACCAAAUAUUUAUUUUAUGUGGCCACCUGUUACUACCAAGGGUGUUCUUACUUUGGGAGCAGGGAACUGUUCUGAGACCUGGACUGUAUUUGUGGAAGAAUUGAAGGAGCUACAUGUGUUCAUAUUGCAGCAGAAAGUUAGCAUUCUUAGGACUAGAACAUCUGUACUUUUAUAGGCAACUGGUGACGCAGUGGUCCUUACUAUGUUCCGUGGUGUUCUGUAGAAAGGACGGGUGUGGACCCCUGAACAGGAAGAAUUAAAUUGCUACCAUGUUACCUAUUUCUUUGCUACUUUAGGGCAUGUUUGGUGGGUCAGUGUACUCAUUUUUCCAAUGGGAUACAUUGGCCUUAUAGCACAAUUUUUUCUUGUUCAAUAAAGAUUGAAAAUAGUACGUCAUCCUUCAAAAUCUAACUUAGAGCUUCAUGGGUCUGGGUCCCACAGCUGGACCAGGACUUGGCCAAGUCCUAGCAGUUGGAGGAAACUUAUUUAAUCGAUGGCUCAGGGGUAGUGUGGCUUCUCUCAAUCCACUAUCCCUGUUAGAACAAGUGUUGUGUAAAGAUACUGCUAACAAAAGACCAGCAAAUGAGAAACUUGGUCAUGGAACACAGAACAAAUGGAAGGCAUGAAAAUGCAUAAGUCCUUUUGUGAUCUGUCAGGGAAAAAUUAAUAAAUCUAAUUUACAGCUCUUAAACGUUCGUUGUAGAGCUCCGGUUAUACAGGAUCCAUUUCUGUUUCAUUUUCGUAGCAAGAAAGAAUCUAUGUCUCAGAGGCAUCAACUGGCUUUGCUGGAAGAGAUAGCCUCCGUGGCUCAGAGAGAGGAGAGAAGACUUCUUGGGGAACUUUGAUCCUAGCUUUGUUGGGUCUAAAGAGAAAUCCCUCCCACCACUGCAGCACGCCUGCCCUCAUAGACACGUACACAUUUUAAUACCAAGAGGCCAACUUUUCUACACGUAUUGUUAGAUAAGGCAGUCUAUUUGAAAAGAAAACAAAACAACUAAACAAACUAAAAAUUUAUAAUGUAAAUAACCAAAUCAGUUAUUUUCCUUGUAAUUAAAAUAUAAAUUUUAUUUCUUUGGUCACCCAAACAUGUCUUGUUAGUUCACUUUGACUCAUUUCUUUGGUCAAAGCAAAGUUGAAGACUUUUUUUUAUAUGUGAACCCCUAUUUAUUUAAUUCUUGAUCGUGGGACCAAUGGCCAGUAUAUCCCAGUAGAAACAAAUAUCCCAGCCCUUAUCUGCCAUCACUUGUCCAUCUUGCCAUGUCUGACACCUCCCCGGCAUCUGCUUGUUAUUCUGCAUGACUGGACUCCAAAAUCCAUAACUGAUGAAGAGAAUUGUCCUAUAUCAGUGUUUAUGAAGUGUAUCUACAGCACACAUGUACACACACAUGUUCACAUAUGCCCAUAUACAUGUUCACAUAUGCCCAUAUAGUUCUCUAUCAACCUGGAAGCCAAAAUCACGUAUGUCCAAUUUCUUUGCAAAGUCUCAGAGGUAAGACCUGUUGUCAGUAGCCUGGUAGGUUUGAUGGUAUCUAAUAUGGAUCAAAAUAAUUGAGUCCAUUCCUGUGUUCUUUCAUUUCCAUUUUUUCCCUCUUAUUUUAAAUAUGUCUGUGGAAAAGAGCACAAUUUGGGGAACUCUGACAUCUUUUGACUCUUCACAGGUGAAAUCAAGUCAACAUUUUGUGAUUUGUAUGUCUUAUGAAUUAUUAAACCUGGAGGAAGUAUGCUUCACUUCUCAUAAAACCAAAUGAAACCUGGA